AUCUUGGACAGUUUGCAUGAGGAACUCACACCGAAUCACUGAUCUACCGGAUCAAAGAGAACUGGUUUAUAAUCACCAUUCCGCCAAUCAGACUUGUGCCCUGCAGCAUAGGCUGUGCUCUAAACAACACUUUACACUACAGCUAGUGUGCCUAAGUAGGGCAUACGGCUUGCCCUAACACACAGGAAGUGCGCCUACAUAGGGAGCAGGGAGCUGUUUGACAUUCAGCCGCUCCACUGACUAGAACCCGGACAGGUGAUUUAUACAGACGGAAGUUAGCCGAGGAAAGGAGCAGGUAACCGAGGAAACGAUCACUAUUUAACAUUAUAAUCACUAACAAAUCAUUAUUUAUAAGUUGGUGAAUCACAUGUAAAUUCAUAUUCACCUUUUAUAGCGCUAUUAGCAUUAAAGCUAGCCUUUUUGAAAGUCAAACGUUAGCUAGUUAGAGGGUCAGGUUCUCAGUUUUAGCAUCGAUGCUAACCCCUGCAGGUAAACGCAAGGCCAUGCUGCUGCUGGUAUCCUGGUAGGCUGCUUCAGCGGGGAUUUAGCCUCCACAUCAUGGAGCUGUUUGUGGGUAAGAUCCUGUGCCUUAUAGGCAUGUUCGGUCUGAUGCUGGGAGCCAUUCUGAUCCCGGUCAGGGUGAUGCAGACAGACCUGGACAAGGCUGCGAGAUACAGGAGAGCUGUGGCCUUUACUAACUCUUUUGGAGGAGGUGUGUUUCUUGCCACCUGCUUCAACGCCCUUUUACCUGCUGUCAGGGACAAGGUGGAUCAGAUCCUCAAUGUGCUGAAGAUCAACACGGACUACCCUGUGGCCGAGACCAUGAUGAUACUUGGGUUUUUUCUCACCGUGUUUGUUGAGCAGGCUGUUCUGACCUUCAGGAAGGAGAAACCGCCCUUCAUCGACCUUGAGACGUUUAACGCAGGCGGCUCGGAGGCAGGCAGCGACUCCGAGUACGACACGCCUUUCAUCGCUCCUGCGCGUACCUCGCACCAUCACGCGCACCAUCACGCGCAUCACCACGGUCAUUUCAACCCUGCAGAACUGACCCGUGCAGGACCGCUGCGGCUCGCGAGCCUCGUCCUGGCUCUCUCUGCUCACUCGGUCUUUGAAGGCCUGGCCCUCGGGCUUCAGGAAGACGGCGCUAAAUUGGGAAGUCUUUUCCUCGGAGUAGCGAUCCACGAGACCCUCGCUGCCGUGGCUGUAGGGGUCAGCGUGGCUAAAGCAGGACUUCAGCUGCAGGAUGCUUGCAAGCUGGGGGUCACAGUCAGCCUCAUGAUCCCCAUCGGGAUUGGGUUGGGGAUGGGGAUCGAGAGCGCUCAGAACCUGGCAGGAAGUAUCGUCUCUGUGGUGCUCCAAGGCCUGGCAGCAGGCACCUUUCUUUUUAUUACAUUCUUUGAAAUUCUCUCUAGAGAGUUGGAGGACAAACAUGAUCGGCUCCUGAAGGUGCUUUUCCUCGUCUUAGGGUAUGGUGUGCUUGCAGGUCUAGUCUUCAUCAAGUGGUGAAGAUCUCAUUGUUCCUCAGAGCAAAUGAUCUCAUUAACCUUCCUCAUUACCCAAACCAAAAGAAAAGAGCUUCCUGAAUAUACUCUAAAAACUUACUAACUUAUUACUUCCAUUUCUUAAAUUUCUACACCUAUGAAAGCGCAGACUGGAGAGCGCAGACUUGAGCCCUCAGACUGGAGAGCGCAGACUGGAGAGAGCGCAGACUGUAGAGAGCGCAGACUUGAGCCCUCAGACUGGAGAGCGUGCAGACUGGAAAGCGCAGUCUUAAGCCCUCAGACUGGAGAGCGCAGACUGGAGCAGGAAUGUGUUUUUAUUGUGAUGUAUUAAUGUGGAUGAUGUUGGACAGCAGAUACUGUGUGAUUAUUGUUAGAGAUUUGAUGCUGGAGCACCUCCCAGUCCCUGUUUUACCCAUUUUAUAUACUCUAAAUAGAAUCAAGUACGGAAUCUCACUGCUCUCUCAUGAUCACUUUAUAAUAAACUCUUCAGCUAUCAGACUUCAUUAUAAUGUAUGAAAUAUUAGAAUAUUUAAAUAUGAGGGUCGUUUGGGGUGUAUUUAUUUGUGCCAGAUUGCUUUUAUUCCUUGAAUUUCCCUAUAAAAACAUGUCCAAGUUGAAGUAGUGUGUAGUUCUGCUUCUAUGAUGUUACAUCUAUAUUCUUUAAUAACAUGCUGCUGAGGAGUCCUGAAGGUUAACUCAAGGUUAAUUGAAAUAGAGAUUAAAGCCGUUUUUUUUUAAUUGAAGUUUUAUUUUAUUUUUAUUUUUUAUUUUAUGGUUGUGGAUUUGUAAAUGAAUCAGUUUUUUCUGACUCUGUAAUCUGACCUGCAGAUUAUAUGCUGUAUAAAUAUUUUAAUUCCUCCUGUUAAAUCUAAUGUUGUAUGGCGUGUAUUUAUAAAUCACUUCCUGGAGGGUGUUUGGAUGAAAUGCUUUCUGAAGGAAACGGGGUUUUAUACAGAACUGUUUAUGGUUUCAGCAGAACUUUGGACUGAAGACCUGCUGAAUGAUAUCAGUUUAAACGUUUACCUGGUGACUGUAAGAAACAUGUUACUGUACUGAUUUUCAAUUACGAAUAUUCCGUUUGACUAGAACAAUAACUGGUGUAAAAUAUCUACACAUGAAGUAUUUGUUAUAGAAAAAAUAUGAAUGUAUUUAAAGAACUCCA